AAAAUAACAUAAAAAAGAAGAAAAAGGACGCCGUCUCGUCGAUCUCGAAUUCUCGCCGCCGCCGCCCGCCCGCCCCGCGCGACCUCGCCUCGGCCGGACCCGCGCGCGCGUCCAUCCGCGCCGCCCCGAGCGAAUCGCCGUCCGAAGCCCUCGUGAAUUCUCAGUCUCCUAGUGCGAGAGGACGGCGGCGGCGGCAGCGGCAGCAGCAGCAGGCGUGCGGGGCGGUCUGGAGGCAGCGGCGCCUGCGCGCCCUGCGGCGCAGGGCGGGCCCCGUUCUCGGCGAGCCGGCCUCGGGGAGCGCGGCGAUUUAGGAGCGGCGUCCGGCGCGCAGGAAGGCGAGUAGCCGCGGGAACAACCAUUGAAUAAUCAUGAGCUCGCUCUGCCCUUUUGCCGGAGCUGCCACUGGUGGUGGCGUAUGCCCUGUGAAAUCCGAUAAGAGUAGUGCCGGGGUAUGCCCUGCAAAAUCUGACAAGAGCAUAAGCGGCGUAUGCCCUGUCACCGGCAAGGAUCAUGGUAGCGAGCACAAGGAAAGUACUGGCCAUGCUGAGGAUAAGGGCACCGAUCCUCGUAUGGUGCCAGCAAAGUGCCCAUUUGGCUAUGACAGCAACACGUUCAAGCUGGGUCCGCUGAGCUGCAUUAUCUGCCAGGCACUACUCCAUGAAAGCAGCAAAUGCAAGCCGUGUGCCCAUAAAUUCUGCAAGGCGUGUAUAGCACGCUUUAAAGACUGCCCACUGUGUGGUGCUGACAUAGAGGGGAUUGAGCCUGAUACCGAGCUUCAAGCUCUCGUCGAUCGCUUCAUUGAUGGCCAUGCCAGAAUCAAGCGAUCACAUGCUGGAGGGGAUGUGGAAGCAGCAUGUGGCAAGAACAAAGUCAUAUAUGAGGAUGUUUCCAUGGAAAGAGGAGCUUUUCUGGUGCAGCAAGCUAUGAGGGCUUUUCGCGCCCAGAAUAUUGAAAGUGCAAAAUCAAGGCUGACUAUGUGUGCAGAUGACAUCAGGGAGGAGUUGAAAUCAUCAGAAGAUAACCUAGAUCUAUGUUCUCAGCUUGGAGCUGUGUUAGGAAUGCUUGGGGACUGCUGUCGGACCUUGGGAGAUGCUCCUUCAGCAAUCACUUACUAUGAAGAAAGUGCUGAGUUCCUCUCAAAACUCCCCACAAAAGAUCUUGAGUUGGUUCAUACUCUCUCAGUUUCACUAAAUAAAAUUGGUGACCUUCGCUACUAUGAUGGGGACCUCCAAUCUGCAAGAAACUAUUAUGCCCGUUCAUUGGAUGUUCGCAGAAAUGCAGUUAAAGAACAUUCAGCAGUAGCUUCCCAGGUCAUAGAUCUAGCAACUUCUCUUGCAAAAGUUGCAGAUGUUGAUAGAAAUCUUGGGAACGGAAGUGCCGCAGUUGAGGGGUUUGAGGAAGCGAUUCAAUGCCUUCAGAAGUUGAAGCUGGAUUCUAAACAAGCUAAUCUUGAGCAACGGCGCGUCUCGGUUCUUGAUUUCCUGCACAACCAGUUGGCAGAUAAGUAAGACUUUGUGAUCCUAAGAAUACACCAACUACAGAUGUCUUCUCCUGGUGUGCAGCUCCACUAUUUUUUUCUUGUUGCCUACGGAAGGAGUUGUACUAGAAACGGUGAUUAGCGCGUUUUAUCACUAGAUGAAACUUUGUCGGGGCACAAAAUAAGUACUCAAGCACUGUAAAUGUAUCAUAUGUAUUCUCAGCGAGGAGAGUGCUCUUGAUGGCUGCGAAUAUGCUCCAGCAGUCUGUAGCCCUCUGGUUGUUUGUCCUUGUCAUAGCCUGGGACAGCGCGUAAGAUGUAACUUGUGGGAAGUUCCAUCUCGCCUUACCGUGUCAUGCGUGAACGCUAAUCCCGUUGUAUAUUGACAAUAAGACAGGGAGGUACUAGUGAAAGCAUGGCCGUUGUUUGUUUUAGAGA